GGGGCGUGCGGCCGCGGUUGCCACAGCGACCGAGGGAGGCGGCGGUGGGGUAGGCCGCGCCGCGCCGGCGUUGCUGUAUUGGCGGUGCCGCUCGGCGAUGGGCGACGUGCUGGCUUACGAGGCCGAGUUACUGGGACUGGUGAGAGAGUAUUUGGAUUUUGCUGAAUUUGAAGAAACAGUGAAGGUAUUUGCAAAGGAAUGCAAAAUAAAGGGGAAGUCACUACCUAAAACAGCAGAUGUUUCUUUGAGAGAUUCAAAAGCCAUUCCUAUUCAGAAAGAUCUGCUCAGAGCAUUUGACAAUGGUGAGCAGAAGGCUUUCUUCCAGCUCUGGGAGGAGCACAUUUCAUCUUCAGUCCGGGACAAUGAACCAGUUGCUCAGAAGCUGGAGUUCUAUCUUCAUGUACAUUUUGCCACCUACCUCCUAAAGCACUCUGUGGGAAAGCCUGACAAACUUGAACUUGAGGAAAGAAUUUCUCGUUUUAAAGCGUACUUGGAAACAAAAGGAGCUGCCCUGAGCCAGACUACAGAGUUUCUUCCCUUCUAUGCUUUGCCUUUUGUUCCCAACCCCAUGGUGCAUCCUUCAUUUAAAGAACUUUUCCAGGAUUCUUGGACGUUGGAUUUAAGGACAAGAUUGGAAAAGUUCCUGUGUCUGACUCUCAAAGCCAGCCAGACUCCCAGGCUUCUCACUUUAUUUAAGGAGAAUGGACAGUGCAAUAAAGAAACAUUGCAACAUCUCCAUCAACAAUUAGUGGAGUCAGAGCACAGGACCAUGAUCUACCUGAAGCGGUUUAACAAAAUGCAAGCAGACUACCAUAAUCUCAUUGGAGUCACUGCAGAGCUUGUGGAUUCCUUGGAGGCCACAGUCAAUGGCAAAAUGAUCACACCAGAAUAUCUUCAAAGUGUUUGUGUUCGCCUGUUUAGCAAUCAGAUGAGACAAAGUGUAGCACAAAGUAUUGACUUUACAAGGCCUGGAACGGGACAUUACUCUAUGAGCCCUUGUGAUGACGGAUAUGCUUCCACAAUGUUAAGAGCAUCUUUGGCACCUGUGAAGAAGCAGGAUGUGCCCUUGUUGCCCUCUUUGGACUAUGAGAAGCUGAAGAAAGAUUUGCUUACAGGGAACGAUCGUCUCAAGGCCUUCUUACUGCAGGCUCUGCGCUGGCGCUUGACAACUUCAUAUCCUGGAGAACAGAGGGAUACUGUCCUGCAAGCUUACAUCAGUAAUGACCUCUUAGAUUGCUACAGCAAGUGUCAGAGAAGUGUCCUUAAAUUAUUGCAGUCUAAGAGUGAGGUAGUCAGACAGUAUAUGGCAAGGCUCAUCAAUGCUUUUGCUUCAUUGGCAGAAGGUCGUCUCUACCUUUCUCAGAACCCAGUGUUGCUGCAAAUGCUGGAGGAGAGACUGAAAACUGAGGACAAGGAUUCCCUUACAUGGGAGAACGUUCUGGGGGCUCUGCAGAAAUUCAGCCUCAGACGUGCCCUGCAGUCAGCAAUGAUCAAGGAUGGGCUCAUUUUCUGGCUGGCAGAUGUCCUGGCGGAUACAGAUAGCCUGUCUGAUUACACACUAGAAUAUUCUGUUGCCUUGUUCAUGAAUCUUUGUUUGAGGAGUGCAGGGAAGAAAAUGUGUGCAAGGAUUGCAGACCGUGUACUCAAAGUUCUCUCUGAUCUUCUUGGCCAUGAGAAUCAUGAGAUACAACCAUAUGUGAAUGGAGCACUCUAUAGUAUUCUUGCUAUCCCUUCGGUCCGAGAAGAAGCCAGAGCAAUGGGAAUGGAAGAAAUUCUACGCUGCUUUCUCAAGGAAGGAAAUGCAGAGAUGAUCCGACAGAUUGAAUUUAUUAUCAAACAGCUCUAUUCAGAAGAGCCAUUAAAUGACAAUAUUGUGUCUGAUGAUGAAGAGGAAGAAGAGGAUGAGGAGGAGGACCAUGACAUCAUGGAGGCUGACCUGGACAAAGAUGAGGUUUUACAGCCUCAACUGGGAGAGCUUACAGGAGAGAAGCUGUUGACAACUGAAUACUUGGGAAUAAUGACUCAUACUCCAAAGACCAAGAGGAAGCUGUUUCCUAGUGUCCAUCAGAGUAUAGAUGAGCCUCUCCAGAGACCUGUGACUCCAGGUUAUCACAGAACUGCGUACCCAACGCCAGAAAACGAUUCCAUUUCUUGUCACGAUAGGGAUGAAAAGUCUCUGCUGAGUGGUUCUCCUCCUGUCUGUGCUGGGAGCAGCUCUGGCAUUGCUGACCUCUGCGCUUCCUCUUCAUCGAUUGAAAUGAAGCCAUCUAAAACAUUCUCAUCAGGCAGUAGGAUGGACCAAAGCAUCAAAACUGGUGAUAUCUUGUCUUCCCAGUCUACUGACUUCACCCAAGACAAAGUGAACGGGCAUUCUCAUAGUGAGUUUUCUUCAGCCUUUACCAGCAAACCUAAGAUCCCUCGCACUCCUGAAAUAUACAGUGCCAGCCCCAGAAAGGGGAAGAUCCCAACCAUUGCCCCCCAGUUCUCUCAGUCUGGACCCCAACAAACGAGCCGUCCCAGCUCCUCGGGAUCAUCCACAAGGAGCAGACAGAGCAUCCAGUCCUACAGGAAGUGAGAACAGUUUCUUUCCUCGAGAAUCACCUGUCACAUUGCUGAAGGACAGAGCCAGCUUCCUGUAAUGAGCUUUACUGGCGACCUACUGAGAAGAGGUUAUUAACACUGCAUGGCACACGCCUUGCACGGUGAUUCAGGGAUUAUCUGAUGGGCUGCAUCUGCUGUCAUCUCUAAAGCUGGCUAAGACAAGGGCCUUGUUACAAUUCGAGGUCUCAUCAGCUGCCCACAGCUGAUACAGUAGAUGGAUAUAGUCCCAGCAUCUCUGAUAGUUUAAAGUGACAUUGCUGCUUCCAGAAAAGUCUCUUGCUCUCUGCUUUCUGUGUCAGAGUAAAUGGCCUUUGAAAAUGGUGUGUAGGGCUCAGCACAGGAGUCUAGCCAACAAGCUGUCUUGUUUAGAUAUUGCUUGCCUGUAACUUGCUCUGUUGUCUUUUUAAUUAUGCUUUUGUGAAUGAGUAUGGGAAUGUCUGGGUUCAAGGGAUCAGCACUAGGAGAGAAAGCUACCUGCAUGUGUAGAACCACUGCCUGGAGCAGCUGUGUGUGGAGUGAGAUCUGCAUUUGAACAUCAAAGACUGGAAAGUAUUUCAUCAAUGUGUGGCAGUUGUAAAACUGUGUGCCAGUGUCCAACUGCUCUCACUCACCUCUGGGGAUCUGAUCAGCAGGUUUAUCUGUAGUAAUUACUCCUAUUCAAAUGUGCUUUACCUUGGAACUUGGCUGCCACUGAAGCUGUAAAGCACAGAAGAAAGCACGUGUGUUAGUUGUAAAUGGACUUAAAAAGCAAAUGCUUUAGGUAGGUAAAAGAAGGGAUAAGUUAAAGCUUUUGUGUUGGAGUUCCACCGUGAGAAACAAAUAAGAUGAACUCAGCCCAGGAGGUCAAGCAACUCCAAUAAUGGCAAUUACCUCCCCCUUGAGAGCAAAGAGUUGUAAAGUCAGCAAUCAUGUCCGGAAGAAAGCUUCUCUGUGAUGAGACCUCGAAUUGUUCCUCUUGGUAUGUGGUGGCAACUGAAUAGCCAAGGCCAUUUCUUCUCUUGAUGUGAUUGCCAUGAGACCAGUGUUGCUGUGUCACUGUCUGACAGAAAGAUAUCCAACACGUGAGUUCCUCUCACCCCCUUCAAUAACAGACUUCAAAUUGGAGUUAGGAUCUCUUGAAGAAAAAAACAUCCUCCAGUCUGAAAUCUGAUCAUAUUGAUGUGAAACUCAGUAAGUCCAGAGGGCUCACACAAAUCAGGCAGAGUGUUGGUGUUCCUUUAACGCCCAGCUGCAUAGGAUAUAAAGUGAUUGUAGGCAGCUAAUCGCCCCUAUCCUGCAGGUCUCCAUGGUAGAUAAAUCACAGAAAAGCUCUGAUUUGUGCUUAGAUUGAUCCACCUCCUCUCCAAGUUGAUAAACACAAUUAAUGGAAAAAUGCUUUUUGGUUCCCCAAAAGGCAGCAAUAGAAGGCAGCCGUAAAAACUCACCUAGUGGAUUUGCAUAGUAGGCAGCUUUGCUUUUUCCUCUGCAAAGCUUUUUUUUUUUUUUCUGCAGCGUGUAAUAUCAGUGGCCCAGCUGUUCACACUGAAGUGCUAUGCAUGCUCAUCUGCAUCUGUAGGUGCACAGAGUGCCCCAGCAGCUGAGCUGAGAUUUAUCUCACAGCAUUGCUGAGUUUUGCUUUGGAGACAAUUUUUUGUAUUAAUGCUUGAGAAACUCCAUUUGCCAAAUACUUGAGAGGAACUGUGUGUGAUCUUUGAAAUAAAUUAUGGGCUGAGCAGCAGUAUGAGAACCUGACAAAACACCGUGUCCUUCUUUUCUCUGUCUGUUCACAAAAAGCCCCUAUGAUGCCGGUCAGAAGGGUUUGAAGCUGUAAGAAGUGUUGAUUCUGCCUUUGUUAGCAGAACACCGCUGCCAGAGGUUGAGAGGUCCCAGGAUGAUCAGGUCAGUGACACACACACACAGCAAAUUCUGCACCUCUUUCUUAAAGGUUGCUGUAUGCCACGCAGAGGUUGCUGCCAGAUCCAGCAGCAGCCUGAUGAGUUCCUAACAGGAGCAGUGGAGAUUGCCUGCUUGAGUGAGAGGGGUGUGAUUGUACCUGGACUGGCUGCAGUGUUACUUGCAAUAAGCAAGCACAAUAAUGGCACAAGACAUAGAUCUGGGAUUUUGUUUUUCUUGUGACCAAAGUGCUGUAUGACACUAGCAUGCUUUCUGCGUAUGUCGUCUUUAUCUUCAGUGUUAAUAAGACACUGAAUCAUAGAGUGUCCUUAGCUGGAAGGGACCCACAAGGAUAUUCAAGUUGAACUCCUGGCUCUACACAGAACCACCCAAAAAUCCAACAUUCCCUCUGAGAGCAUUGUCCAAAUGUGAACUGCAUAUGUCUAUUUACAUUUGCACGGAGAGUUCAUUCUGUAUGCUUUAAAAUCAUCUGACGACAGUGACGGAGCAAAAUUGUUUCUAAAGGGAUAUAUUAAUUUUUCUGUCUGUGAUAAGUUUGUUUGGUGUUUCAUGGACAUUCAGGGUGUGCAUUUGUUUAUUUUCCACUGUUUUCUUUGUGAUAAAUUCUGUCCUCUGCAACUUUGUCUCCACCUGAAUGGAAAGCACAGCUCCCUCAAGGAGCUGGCAUUGUUUGCUCUGAAGUGCUGCAGUGCAGGCAUGAGCCUCUCACCGUGCUUGGCCUCACAGAAUGGCUCAGGUUGGA